GUGAGGCAGCCAGCUAUUUGCAUGUCAUGAGGUCUAAGGGAAACAAACUGACCCCUCAGCCUUCCUCCACCCAGCCAAAUUCUGAUGGGACCCUCAAAUAGCUCUGGCAAAGUGUUCUGUUUCUUUUGGAUUUGACGAACUCUUGUUUCUGUGAAGACAUGUAAUUAUUUCUUCUUUAUUUUGCUGUACAAGUUACCAAGAGAAGCAGCUGAAAAUUGAAUCUCACAUGGAGAACCCAACCAGAAUGACCAGCAAUCACACAGACUGUCAUUACUGCCUGCAGUCUCUUCGUGGAAGGAAGUAUGCAUUAAGAGAAGAAAAUACUUAUUGUGUUACAUGUUAUGACAGCCUAUUUGCCAACCCCUGUGAAGAGUGCAAGCAACCUAUUGAGUGUGAUUCUAAGGAUCUAUCCUACAAAGGCCGUCACUGGCACGAGAGAUGCUUCAAGUGUACCAAAUGCAGUCGCUCGCUGGUGGAGAAACCAUUUGCUGCCAAGGACGAGUUCUUGCUGUGCACUGAAUGCUACUCUGAUGAAUAUUCAUCUAAGUGUUUCCACUGCCAGAAGACCAUUAUGCCUGGUUCCCGUAAAAUGGAAUUCAAGGGAAGUUCCUGGCAUGAAUCCUGCUUUGUUUGCCAGUAUUGCCUGCAACCGUUGGGAACAAAACCAUUGAUCACCAAAGACAAUGAGAAUUAUUGUGUGCCCUGUUUUGAGAAGCAAUUUGCUCAGCAUUGCAACUCUUGCAAAAAGGUAAUAACUUCCGGAGGAGUGACAUACCACGACCAGCCUUGGCAUAAAGAAUGCUUUGUGUGUGCAGGGUGUAAAACCCAGCUGUCUGAACAAAAGUUUAUUUCCAAAGAUGAGUACCCAUACUGUGUAGACUGUUUCAACAAAUAUUAUGCUAAGAAGUGUGCUGCUUGCCAGAAACCUGUUACAGCUCUUGGAGGUGCCAAAUUCAUCACAUUUGAAGAGCGCCAGUGGCAUGGAGAAUGUUUUAACUGUGUGAAAUGCUCUGUCUCACUGGUGGGCCAGGGAUUCCUUGCUCGGCAAGAUGAUGUCCUUUGUCGUGGAUGUGGCUUGGCUUCAUAGUUCCCUGGAAAGCUGUACACCUGCACUAUUCUCACCCUGUAAUGAUAUACUUCAUUACUCUGCAGUAAGAAAACCAUAUAAAACGUGUAACAGUUAUUUAGUCAUUCAAGUAACUUUGCAGUUGCGAUUUAAUUCUAUCAUAGUUCUCAAAUGCUUAUAAAAAGAAUUUAAACAGCCCAUGCUGGCUAAGAAAAUAAUGUAGGAAAGAUUUGUAUAUAUUUUAAAUGUAGCUACUGUAUCUUUCUCCUUGUAACACACUGCACUCUGCUGUUAGAAACUUAAAAAUUUACAUUGCGUCUCCCAUGAACCAAGCAGGGUUGUGAAAAGUCUAUAUGGCAUAUCAGUAAUGAUGAGACAUUAGCACUGCUUCACAGAUGUGGAACUUGGUGGGGAAAGCUGGGCAUGCAUAUUUUUCUAUUGGAUCUUAACAUUGAUGAAAACAACUUGUAAAGAUAAACUUCCUCCAUACUUUAGGAAAAAAGCUGCUGAUAAAGCAGGCAGAAAGUGGGAGGAAGGGGAACUUUUACAUUGAAGGCCACCAAGUCAGAGAGGCUUAUUCCAGGGUCAGAUAAAGGAAAAAAUAAGUCAUUUUCCUCUUCUUACUAAGAUUACUCCUCAGAAGCAUAGCCUUUAGUCACCCAAAAAACUGAAUGACACAGCCUUUCCCAAUUGGUUAGCUGUACUCAAUUUUGCAGUCAGAACUGCUUUAGAACGUAAACGAACCCAUAUUUUGAGCUACUGUUACAAGGUGAAGAUUGCCCAAGAUUGGAUAGUGAUGGUGUACACUUUCCCAAAGUUAGUCCUCCUUGAGGCUCUGUCUCCAUUGCCUUCAUUAGACCUUCAAAUAUGCACAAAAAAUAUAUAUUUUCACUAGUAGACACCAGAGUUAACUUAUAUUUGUCCCCUUCACCUUGUAUUUCUUCCCUCAAAAUCCAUUUGACAGCAAUCAAAGCACUGUUAACGCCUUACCAUUUCUGCCCUGCUAGGUCUUUGAGUCACAGUCUACCCCUUUUCCUACUAAUGCCUGCUUGUCUAUAGCACGCUAUAAGAUCUUGAGAACCAGUAUCCAAUUCAUUUUGCCAUGUGUGACACGUAUUUGCCAAUAUUAUGCCAAGAACUGGUAAUGUUGUCAUUGCAAGCUUAGCAGUUCUCGCUUGUAGUACAAGGUAUUAGUUUCCAGGUAACUGGCUUUGAGACUGUUGUAUCUGCUUGCUAAGCUUCAGUAGCCAAAUGCCUAAUAUUAAAGGUCAUCCAGAGCUGAGUUACAAGCAUUUCUCUUCUUCUUCCGUAAUGUGUGUUACAGUGGUCUCAUUUAUACUACAGUUCCUGUACCAGGCCAUUGUGACCAGUGAAGUGAUACUAAAAAUGGUAGUUUCUGCACCACUCAGCACUGUUUUGGUCCUCAUCUCACACAUCUUUAAGUCAUACUUUCUCUUUUAGACUCUGGCCUUAAGUGCAUAGAGUAUUUUGGCUGACCUUUGUGGGCUCUAUUUAUACUAAAGAUAGCCAUUACUUUAGGUAGAAAACUGAAAUAAAAGAAAAAUUAGGAAAAAAAAGAAUAGGUGUGCAUGGUUAAACCAGAGCUGAACUGCAGUGACAUAAAAUCAAUAUGGAUAAUGACUGACCAACAAGUACAUAGCAGUCUGUUUUCCAGUCAAUAAAAUAUUGAUCUUUUGCUUUACCUGGUGUUCAUUUUUGUUUUCCAGUUUCUUCUUUCAUGACAGCUUCUAUUGCAGUCUAGAAUUUGAUUAGUUUAUGCCUUUUCAUUUCAUACCAGCUGCUUCCUUUUUUUACUUUCACAUUUCACAUGCCUGAUACACAUUCUUAGUAAGAACUAGAUUUUCCUAAAUAGGAAUAUGUUUCAUUACCUUAAAAAUAUAUAUACACAUACACGUAUAGUAGUUCAGUUAUGUAUGAUAUUCUAAAAAUGUGCAGUGAGUUAUCAGAAAUUUGCUCAUUAGUAAAUGUGAAUUGUCUUUAAUUUUUAAAGGAAAAUGAUGAAUCACCAGAUGUAGGCUCAUCUGUGGGGGGUAUCUUUUGUUUGUGUUGUCUGAAGUAACAUUCAGCAAGUUGCAAAAAUGUGGUUUGGGCCCUUUAUUCACUCUUAUCUGAACAAUCUUCCAGUUGAAUUACACACUGACUCAAGAAUUAGGAGGCUGAGUCCUAAGAUAUGAGAGAGUCACAGGUCAGACACACGAGUCAUGAUAAUCCCAGUCUUUUUGCAUUAACAUUUAGGAAAAUGAAAUUCUUCUCUGACUCAUGAACUAAUUAUAUUUUUAGAAAUACCAACUGAAUUAUUUAUUUCUCCUGCAGUAAAUACACUACAGUCAAAUCUGAAAUAGAGCAUUUUCACUUCAGACUAAUGGUAAGAAAUAAAUGUCAUUGCUAUAAAUAGUUUGAAUAAAAGUCAUCUUAGAUACCAGAUUGCUAUUUCCUAGUCUCUGUCAUCAGCUAC